GGGGCGGUGGGGACAGCGCAGAACAGCGUGAGCUCAGCGGGCAAAGACCUCGACUCCAGUCUCCUGCCUGGGUUGGGCCCGCUUCUUAUUGCUCUUUUAGUAAAACCCGGCCCAAUUGGGUCCGUGAAACCUGCGGCCCCAAGUCGGGGCGGCCUCCGUGGUAAGAUGGCGCCGGUGUAAGAGCUGCCUCCUCUUAGUGAUGGGGAAAGGGUCAUAAAUCCGUUGUUGUUUAUGAAAAUUUACAACUUUGCAAUACAACUUUAUGAGUUGUUCGGCCCUUCCAUUGGACGCUGUCGGUCAUGUGGAUGGGAACCGUGAACAUGAACUUUUUUAUAAUUUCCCUUGCGAGAAUAGAGCCGCAUUCUUUCGCUCCGCUCCGUCCUGCCUGCUUCGGAGCUCUGCCUUCCAGCCUGGCUCGGCUAUGCUUUGUCCGGCGAUGGUGAGCGAGAUGAGGCCCCUGCCGGGCCUGGCCCGGCCGCUCCCGCUGGAGGUGGGGAGCGCCCAGUUCCCGGCGCCGUGGCGGCCGCUUUGCAACUCGCAACCUGGCUAAUUUCCUGCGUCCUCUGGCACCAGGAAGGAGGACAAUUCGUCUCCUCGGGCUGCCCAAGCGACAGCUGUCAGAGGUGCAGGAGCUUCUGGGAGCCGCCAUCUGAAGGUGAGACAUGUGGGGAGACAGGAGCAAAGGUGGUGAGAUGGCUCCGGGGGCGGUGGGUGAGGGCACCCAGGGCGGCGCUGAAGAGGGGCAUACUCAGCCUCACCCACACUCACCGUUCACAUUCGCCCCCCCAACACACACACUACAGCACACACACUACAGCGCGCGCGCACACACACACACACACACACAGCCUCUCUCUCCUCUGCCUGGCUCACCAUGGCAGUAAAGGCCGCCUUCCCUCCAUGGCACAGCGCCUGGCACCGCGUGGGAGCACUGAGGUCUUCUGUCUCCCCUUCCCCAGAGACCUCAGGAAGACCAAAAGGAAGUGGCUCUGCACCCUGCCUUCCCUACCAGACCCUCGGGUUUGGAUUUUUUCUCUCUCCCCUUCAUGACCAAAUUGGUUUGAUUGAAUUCCCCAACAAGUGGAGACAGUUCCCGACAUGGGAAGGUGGGAAGAGGUGAGGGCAAGAGUGAAUUAAUCGACAGACAUUUUAUUAGCAUAAACACACCACCUUCUAUUCCAUGGAAAUUGGUUUCUGGAGAGAAAGGGGGAAUGAGGGAAAAACAAACAAGGACUUACUAAUUCAGCCAGAGUCCUCUGCUGAUUGCCUGCUUCCCUUCACGCUGUUUUCCGAUGAGAGAAGUGUCUGAAGCAGCGGGAGAAGGAAUAGGUGCCUGGGUGCAACUCUGUGUUGGAGGAGAUGAUGGGGUUAAUUGGCUGGGUGUUGCUUGGCGGGAAGUUUCGGCGCAGAGGAUGUAGUGGUGCUUUUGCGAGUGGCAGGAGCCCACAGCUAAGGUGGAAGGAAGGAAGCAGACCGAGUUUGGGCGAUAGGGGGACCCCCCACUCACCUCGGCGCGGCGGGCUGGAGACCGCGCGCCCCACUACCCGCCGGCGGGGAGAGGACGGCGGCAGCGCCCGGGAGUCGGCGCGGAGGGUGCCGCGGGCAUUGUCUUUAUGUAGCCCGGUGACCCAGACUGUGGCUUGGCCUGGGUGCGCCUUGGCCAGAUUUGCCCCAGGGAGCUUCCCGGGACAGCGAGUAGAAACGAUCCUGAGGUUCUGGGCUCGUGUUCUUUUUGUUUGUUUUUUGGCUUUGACUGUUGUUUUCCCACCUUAAGAUAAUACUUUACUGUGCGUUAGAUAAUUAAGAAGGGGUUGGGGAUGUCUGGGACGUCCACUGGCGGUGCGGGUGCGCUCAGGGCGGAUAAAGCGGCGCGUUUGCAUCGCAGAGCCGCGGGGCUGCCUGACUGCGGCUGCCGCGGGCAGAUUAUUUAUUGCGACCGCGCUAGCGCUCGCUGCUGCCACGCUGUGGCCGUCACCGGGACCGACGCCAGCCACAGCCCCGCGUCCUGCAGCCUGGCGCGACUGCUGCGCGGGCCCCUCAGAGAUUCCCUAGCAGGCCGAGGAGAGAGGGGCGAGGGAGGACCUAAGGGGCGGCCUUCCAGGGCUGACGGGCCCGGAACCUCCCCUGCCUUGGUCACCCUUGGCAGGAACUGGACUCCCGACUAGACUCGGGUCCUCCCGCCCCAACCCCAGCACCAUGGAGACUGGUUGCACAGGCCGCCUGGCACGUCAUGGCUGCUUCUGUCCAAACCGCGCGUCCCAAGGCCCCGGGGGCGCACGCUGGUUCGAGGAACGCGCCCGCUUUGGGAUUUUGAAAUCGGAGAGGGCACUCCUAGUCCUGAGGCCUGCAGGCCUGGCUGGCCCUGAGGAGGAUUGUCUAUGGCAAGGAAGGCGGGCUUUGGCUCCAAGCGAGGGCCUGUGACAGGCAGAGGCCGCACCUGUGUGCUAUGGGCUCUGGCCUGGGCUCGAGAUCCCGGCGGACAGGGUGGCCUUCAAGGUCCCCCCAACACACCAGCAGGCCGCCCUCCAGGCUGAUGGAGGUGGAGGAGCUCAGUGGGCAGCCCAGGGAAAGGGCGGACUAUGGGGCCCUGCUCGCCAUCCUGUCCCCCUUGAAGAGCAGCUGAAAGGCUACGUGUGCCGCCUGGUCAUUCAAAUUGUCAAUUUUAGGUCCAGAAGUGUCCAAACUACAAGUUCUCAAAACUCUCUGAAAAAUGGCUCCCUCCGAGUUAAGCAAUUCUGAAAGGCAUUCUCUGGGAAAAGUCUGUGGAGAAGCGAGGGAUCUUCUUGCAAAUAAUAUGGUCUCAGGCAAAGACACAGCAUCUUGGCUGUCUGCUCAAAAAAUGCCUAGACUCAUGGUGGAAAUUGAGUGUCGAGCUGCAAAACCUCAAAUGGCAGAUAAUCAUCAUUUAAGAGCGCCUGGACACCGGAAAAGGCGAUUCCCUGAGCGCCCGGAGUUGGAGACAAUCUCUGGUUCAGUCUUAGACAUCUUUCGAGGUAAGCGCUGCGCCAAAAGUCUUCACUGCGCCGGGCUUUGCAGCCGGCCUUUGGGAGGAGUUCCUCUCCCGGGCAGCUGCAGCCCUUUCAGAAAGGCUCUGGUCAAUAUUUAACUUCAGAGGAGCUGGGGAGCUGGGUUCGCUUCAGCUGCACGCCCCGCGAAUGCGGGGCUUCAGGCAGACAAAGAGUCUGCCCCCAACGCUGGCCCGCGUUGUGCUGGAGGGGCGGUUGCAGAGAUCAAAGAUGUGUGUGCGUGGGGAGGCGGGGGUGUCAGGAGGGUGUGUUUGUUUCUGCCGGCAAGCCCCAAACAAACCACUACACGGAACAGCAGGGCCAAAGCAAGUAGAGGCCACGGGCGCGGCGGCCGCUGCGUGGGCCGCUCUCCCUGUCGACUGUUUGCGGCGCCUGCGGAGACCGUCUGCGCGGGGCGGCCAUUGGCGGCGGAGCGUCACGUGACCGCGGGGGCGUGCCAAUGUGCGCCCUCACGGGUGUCAAGCCCCUGCCAGUGUGUGCCAUCAAGAUCGUGAAACAACGCGAUGCAAAAAGCGACCUACUACGACAGUUCGGCGAUCUACGGUGGCUACCCCUACCAGGCAGCCAACGGGUUCGCUUAUAAUGCCAGUCAACAGCCCUACCCAGCGUCCGCGCCACUGGGCCCCGAGGGCGAGUACCACCGACCCGCCUGUUCACUCCAGUCGCCCGCCAGCGCCGGGGUCCACCCCAAGGCGCACGAGCUGAGCGAGGCAUGUCUGCGCACCCUGAGCGGCCCGCCCAGCCAGCCCCCGGGGCUGGGCGAGCCGCCUCUGGCCCCGCCACCGCCCCAGGCCGCGCCCCCUGCCCCACAGCAGCCUCAACCCCCGCCGCAGCCCCCUGCGCCCGCUCCUGCCGCGCCCCCGCCCCCCUCUUCAGUCUCCCCACCUCAGAAUGCCGGCAGCAACCCUGCCCCCGCAAGCGCGGCCAAGAGCCCCCUACUCAACUCGCCCACGGUGGCCAAACAAAUCUUCCCCUGGAUGAAGGAGUCUCGGCAAAACACAAAGCAGAAAACCAGCGGCUCCAGCUCAGGGGAGAGCUGCGCCGGCGACAAGAGCCCGCCUGGGCAGGCGUCGUCCAAGCGGGCGCGCACGGCCUACACGAGCGCGCAGCUGGUGGAGCUGGAGAAGGAAUUCCACUUCAACCGCUACCUGUGCCGGCCGCGCCGGGUGGAGAUGGCCAACCUGCUGAACCUCACCGAGCGCCAGAUCAAGAUCUGGUUCCAGAAUCGCCGCAUGAAGUACAAGAAGGAUCAGAAGGGCAAGGGCAUGCUGACAUCAUCAGGGGGCCAGUCCCCAAGUCGCAGCCCUGUGCCCCCCGGCGCGGGUGGCUAUCUGAACUCUAUGCAUUCGCUGGUCAACAGUGUCCCAUACGAGCCCCAGUCGCCCCCGCCUUUCUCCAAGCCCCCCCAGGGCGCCUAUGGGCUGCCCCCCGCCUCCUACCCUGCACCCCUGCCCAGCUGUGCGCCCCCGCCACCCCCACAGAAGCGCUACACGGCGGCGGCGGGGGCCGGCGCGGGGGGCACCCCCGACUAUGACCCGCACGCGCAUGGUCUGCAGGGCAACGGCAGCUAUGGGACCCCACACUUACAGGGAAGCCCCGUCUUCGUGGGGGGCAGCUAUGUGGAGCCCAUGAGCAACUCUGGGCCGGCCCUCUUCGGCCUAACGCACCUCCCCCACGCCGCCUCGGCCACCAUGGACUACGGGGGUGCUGGGCCGCUGGGCAGUGGCCACCAUCACGGGCCUGGGCCAGGGGAGCCGCACCCCACCUACACGGACCUUACCGCCCACCAUCCUUCUCAGGGAAGAAUUCAGGAAGCCCCCAAGCUCACCCACCUGUGAUGGUGGGUUCGGGGCUGCGCGCCAGGAGAGUCCCCCCCCCCUUUCUUCUUCGUUUACUUUUUUUGUCUUGUUUUGUUUAAGGUUCUUCCUGUCCCUCCCUUUUCUCUCUCCUCCAGCCCCCGCUUCCCACCCCUCCCCCCGUUUUGUUUUCUUUGGUAACGCGUUUUUAUAGUUUAUGUGACGUAGCAAUCUUGGUUGCUGGAAUGGCUGUCAGUAUCAGUAGCGAUAUUUAUCUCCUCCCUCCCCUCGCUCGGCCACUGGCCCUGCACCCUCUUCCUUCUCUACUCUUUGAUCAGAAACAGGGUAUAUGAACAAAUUUUCUAGCCGAGUUCUUCAAUGUGAAUUUGUUCGUACAUUAUGGCUCCCGAGGGGAAGCGAUUACUUUUAAAAUUUUUUUGUUUUUUUUUAAUUGCACUUCUUGUAAAGAGCGAGAAAAAUCAAAGGCGCUUUGAAACAGGGGCUCCCUGUGCAAGGAUGACUAAGUGUACGUCUUUCCGUGUGUGUAUGCUGGUGAACAGUCAGAUUUAUUUAUAUUUUUUUUGCAAGCAUUGAAUAAUCUAAGUUUUAAAUAUUAUUUAUCCCCAUCCGUUCGUAUUUAUAUUAAAGAAAUUCUGUACCCUGAUUGUUCAGAAGGUUUCUUGGGCCUUUUGUUCAAUGGUGUAUUGGCGUACAUAGUAAAUUUUUUUAUUUGAAAGGGAAAUAUAAUUCCUUUAUAAAAACGGUAAUGAUGCAAUAAUACCAGAGAGGAUCCAGCUUUUGACAGCGGUGAUUUAGGUUUAACAUCCGGCGAAACUGAAAAAAAAAUCUGUAAACGUAAAAAACGCUAGAUUUGUUUUGAGAGUUCUACAUUCCUUGCUGCUCACAUUCUGAGAAACAAAACAAAAAAAUAAAGUUUUUAUUCUGAAUAA